AUGGCUUUGGCAUUUCGAAGCGUGGCACAACUAGCUGGAAUUUCAUUCUCUUUGCUGGGAUGGGCUUUGUCCUGUCUUACAAACUACCUGCCACAAUGGAAAAACCUCAACCUGGACUUGAACGAAAUGGAGAACUGGACCAUGGGACUCUGGCAAGCCUGCGUCGUCCAAGAGGAAGUGGGGACGCAGUGCAAGGACUUUGAGUCCUUCCUGGCUCUGCCGGCCGAACUCAGGAUCUCCAGGAUUUUAAUGUUCCUGUCCAACGGCCUGGGGCUCCUGGGCCUGCUGGUCUCCGGCUUUGGCCUGGACUGCCUGAGGAUCGGAGAGACGCGGCCAGGCCUCAAGAAGGGACUGCGGGUCCUGGGAGGGGCUCUGCUCUGGGCGGCAGGCGUCGCGGCCCUGGCCCCGGUGUCUUGGGUGGCCCACAUGACCGUCCAGGAGUUCUGGGACGACACCGUGCCGGAGAUCGUGCCCCGCUGGGAGUUUGGGGAAGCCCUCUUUCUGGGCUGGUCCGCCGGGCUUUCCCUCCUCCUGGGAGGGUGCCUGCUCAACUGUGCGGCCUGCGCUCCCCAGGCGGCUCCGGCUUCGGGCACCUAUGCGGCGGUAGAGAUGUAG